GUCAGUCGGCGAUCGGACGCCGGAGUCGUCGUAUUACUUAAUUCAGUGUCCUGUGAUUCGUCCGUUUUGAUAUGUAGGUGCGCGAACCAUCUUCGAAUCGGAGAACCCUCCGGAUUAAUUUGACAUCAGUGGUGGUGGUGUUCGGCAUCUCGAUGGACUACGGCUGGACUUGGACAUGAUUCCGUUAUCGUCUGCUAUCCGAAUCGCUCCAAUCGUGAGUUUAGCAGACUACAGGAUUUGACCCCUGUGAGCGCGCCCUUCGUCGCAUUUUAGGAUUUAUUUUUUAUCGUUUAUUUUUAGUUGCGUCAAAAUUCAUUUCGCUUUCACUUCGCCCGUAAUAUUAUAAUUUAUACUGUUUUACCGUUUAACUAAUUUAUUAGCCUCGAUUUAUAUCGUGCUUGCGGCUGCUUACAUACUGGUUGUGCCACUGAAUCACAGUUUUUCUAAAGCCUCUUAUUACUGCGGAUUAGUCUAGCUGCCCCAAAAUUUCAAGAUUUCAUAAAUUUUCAUCUCGAUUUCUCGGAAGGUUGGGUCUGUUUAGUACGCCAUAUUUAUUGAUUAGAAAUCAAUAUAUGUCAUUUCUGCCGAUUCUGUUUCAUGCGAUCUGUUUCCAGCCUUCACACUACCACCUUCCAUACUCCUCGAUAAAAUAAGGUUCGUGUGUUUACAAACAAGCACUAAAUACGUCCGUGCAAAGAGUCGCGCGCCGGGCAACCGCCCGGGAAUAAAUUAAGCUCAAGUCCUCAAAACAGUUUUUUGGAUUUUGGAUCCGGUAGUCUUUCCCUCAAUUCGGCGCUCCCAGCUUUGACAAGCGGGAAGAACAAGAGAGUCUCGGGGAAUCUUUAUCAGUCAAUAUCGGAGAUUAAACUCGACCUUCGCUGCUCCCCGGAUAAGAUUAGCCGACGACGGACGACAAAAUAUCGUAUUUAGCGAAGACGUCGGCCAGCAGAGGAGGGUUCUUGCCCCAUAAAGAUGUCGCCGACACCUCUCAGCUACUACCAACACCGGCGGACCUACGACCAACUGCUCCAAGAGGGCCGCGGUACCGCGGCAACGACGCUCAUUCAUCUUGAUCCGCGGAACCUGCUGGAUUAGACUCGGAUUGAGUAGCGGAUUAGACGAUGGCUGCGUCUGACGAAGACUUCUUCGACGACCGCAGUCGGUGAACGCCCGGCGCUGGCUGAGGGUUGUGGUUGGUGAUGUCCCGCUCGACGAAGAUGAUGGUGAUCAUGACGAUGGUGCAGACGACGACGAUGUUAUUGUUCCUCGGCGGUGUCAUCGUAUGAAACUGACGAUGGCUUUUGGUGUGUGUUAGUUAGGAGAAGGAGAGUGGGGUGUUGAUCCGCAUCAUCAUGCGCGAUCGGCGCAAGACUGUGAACUGCUGGACAGCGACCGGUCGCUGCAAGUCCCGGUCGCCCGCCGCCAUCUUGGUGGUCCUAGUCUUGGAGGUAUCGUCGCUACUGCCGUCGCCCGCGGGAGCUGUUCCGGCCUAUGACAAUGGCGACGGCGACGGCGAGCGGCUGUUCGUGCGCGUGGGCGGCAACGCGACGCUGGCGUGCCCGGACCUGCCGCCCGGGGCAGGCCCUCCCCGGCACCUGCUCUGGUGGAAGGAGGACCGACGCCUCAUCGAGGCCACCAGGGACCGGGUCACCGUGGCUCCGGACGCGGGACCCCGGGUCUCCCUGCUCCCGGGCAGCAGCGCCCUCGUCUUCCGAUCCGUGCUCGCCCAGGACUCCGGCGAGUACCAGUGCGUCGUCAACAACCGCCAGGGCCGCAGGGGACUCGUACGACUCUUCGUGCAGGCACACAAGAGGAAAAUCGACACUUAUGAUGCAGCAGCUUUCCAUAAAAACGCUAAUUCUUUUGGCAAAAUAAGCUGA